GAGACAGACUCAAGAGGAGAAGAGAUUACUGAGCAUCGUUUCACUCCAACUCCAACUGUGACUUGAAGUUGAUAGUGGAAGGAAACCGAAUCGAAUCACAAUGAUCCUCAAGACCUUUAUGGUUGUUUUUGUUCUCGUUGCAACCUACACCAAGCCUAAUGAGGGAAGCCUGAGAAACAAGUGUCCCGCAACAAAUGUGACCCAAACACCAACAGGACCACCAGCAGCAGCGGUUAUAGCGAGUGCAAACGCAGCAGCAACAGCUGCCGCAAUUGCAGCAGCUGCAGCAGCAACAGCAGCAUCUGCAGCAACAGCAACCACUGGACCCACUGCAUUAGUUGCAGCAGUAGCUGCAGAACUUUCCGCUGAAGCUUCACUAAAGGCAGCUUUAGCCUCUUCAGCAGCAAUAAACGGAACGCUAUCUGCAACAAAGGCAGCAGAAGCAGCCAGAAACGCAACAGAAGCAGCCAAAAUAGCAUUAACUGCAGCAUACCAAACACUUCAGCAAACUCUGAAUGCAACACCAGGAGUAGAAAAACAAUUUGCAGAGGCUGAAGCAAAUGCAAAAGAUGCAGCUAAUAAAGCAGCAGCAGCAGCAGAAAUGGCUGCAACUGCCAUGACAGCAGCAGAGGCAGAAGCAGCUACGGCAAAUGCAACAGCAGCAGCCGCAGAUGCAGCAACAGCUUUAGCAGCGCUCCGUGCAGCAUUGGCAACAGCUACAAGCUCAGCACCCGGACAAAACACAGUAGUAAAGCAACAAUCGGCUGUAGCAGAAGAAAAAGCAGCAGAAGCAGUAGCAGCUGCUGCAAACACAACAUCUAAUAAAACCGCAGGCGAGAAGGCGACAGGAGCAGCAGAGUCUGCUCAGGAAGCGGCCAAAGCAGCUGUGGCAGCUGCAGCAGCUGCCGUUUCUGCAAUAAGAAAUCCAGAUAAUACAACAACUGUAGCAAAGCCAACACCAUCAGGACCACCAGCAGCAGCGGUUAUAGCGAGUGCAAACGCAGCAGCAACAGCUGCAGCAAUUGCAGCGGCUGCAGCAGCAACAGCAGCAUCUGCAGCAACAGCAACCACUGGACCCACUGCAUUAGUUGCAGCCGUAGCUGCAGAACUUUCCGCUGAAGCUUCACUAAAGGCAGCUUUAGCCUCUUCAGCAGCAAUAAACGGAACGCUAUCUGCAACAAAGGCAGCAGAAGCAGCCAGAAACGCAACAGAAGCAGCCAAAGUAGCAUUAACUGCAGCAUACCAAACACUUCAGCAAACUCUGAAUGCAACACCAGGAGUAGAAAAACAAUUUGCAGAGGCUGAAGCAAAUGCAAAAGAUGCAGCUAAUAAAGCAGCAGCAGCAGCAGAAAUGGCUGCAACUGCCAUGACAGCAGCAGAGGCAGAAGCAGCUACGGCAAAUGCAACAGCAGCAGCCGCAGAUGCAGCAACAGCUUUAGCAGCGCUCCGUGCAGCAUUGGCAACAGCUACAAGCUCAGCACCCGGACAAAACACAGUAGUAAAGCAACAAUCGGCUGUAGCAGAAGAAAAAGCAGCAGAAGCAGUAGCAGCUGCUGCAAACACAACAUCUAAUAAAACCGCAGGCGAGAAGGCGACAGGAGCAGCAGAGUCUGCUCAGGAAGCGGCCAAAGCAGCUGUGGCAGCUGCAGCAGCUGCCGUUUCUGCAAUAAGAAAUCCAGAUAAUACAACAACUGUAGCAAAGCCAACACCAUCAGGACCACCAGCAGCAGCGGUUAUAGCGAGUGCAAACGCAGCAGCAACAGCUGCAGCAAUUGCAGCGGCUGCAGCAGCAACAGCAGCAUCUGCAGCAACAGCAACCACUGGACCCACUGCAUUAGUUGCAGCCGUAGCUGCAGAACUUUCCGCUGAAGCUUCACUAAAGGCAGCUUUAGCCUCUUCAGCAGCAAUAAACGGAACGCUAUCUGCAACAAAGGCAGCAGAAGCAGCCAGAAACGCAACAGAAGCAGCCAAAGUAGCAUUAACUGCAGCAUACCAAACACUUCAGCAAACUCUGAAUGCAACACCAGGAGUAGAAAAACAAUUUGCAGAGGCUGAAGCAAAUGCAAAAGAUGCAGCUAAUAAAGCAGCAGCAGCAGCAGAAAUGGCUGCAACUGCCAUGACAGCAGCAGAGGCAGAAGCAGCUACGGCAAAUGCAACAGCAGCAGCCGCAGAUGCAGCAACAGCUUUAGCAGCGCUCCGUGCAGCAUUGGCAACAGCUACAAGCUCAGCACCCGGACAAAACACAGUAGUAAAGCAACAAUCGGCUGUAGCAGAAGAAAAAGCAGCAGAAGCAGUAGCAGCUGCUGCAAACACAACAUCUAAUAAAACCGCAGGCGAGAAGGCGACAGGAGCAGCAGAGUCUGCUCAGGAAGCGGCCAAAGCAGCUGUGGCAGCUGCAGCAGCUGCCGUUUCUGCAAUAAGAAAUCCAGAUAAUACAACAACUGUAGCAAAGCCAACACCAUCAGGACCACCAGCAGCAGCGGUUAUAGCGAGUGCAAACGCAGCAGCAACAGCUGCAGCAAUUGCAGCGGCUGCAGCAGCAACAGCAGCAUCUGCAGCAACAGCAACCACUGGACCCACUGCAUUAGUUGCAGCCGUAGCUGCAGAACUUUCCGCUGAAGCUUCACUAAAGGCAGCUUUAGCCUCUUCAGCAGCAAUAAACGGAACGCUAUCUGCAACAAAGGCAGCAGAAGCAGCCAGAAACGCAACAGAAGCAGCCAAAGUAGCAUUAACUGCAGCAUACCAAACACUUCAGCAAACUCUGAAUGCAACACCAGGAGUAGAAAAACAAUUUGCAGAGGCUGAAGCAAAUGCAAAAGAUGCAGCUAAUAAAGCAGCAGCAGCAGCAGAAAUGGCUGCAACUGCCAUGACAGCAGCAGAGGCAGAAGCAGCUACGGCAAAUGCAACAGCAGCAGCCGCAGAUGCAGCAACAGCUUUAGCAGCGCUCCGUGCAGCAUUGGCAACAGCUACAAGCUCAGCACCCGGACAAAACACAGUAGUAAAGCAACAAUCGGCUGUAGCAGAAGAAAAAGCAGCAGAAGCAGUAGCAGCUGCUGCAAACACAACAUCUAAUAAAACCGCAGGCGAGAAGGCGACAGGAGCAGCAGAGUCUGCUCAGGAAGCGGCCAAAGCAGCUGUGGCAGCUGCAGCAGCUGCCGUUUCUGCAAUAAGAAAUCCAGAUAAUACAACAACUGUAGCAAAGCCAACACCAUCAGGACCACCAGCAGCAGCGGUUAUAGCGAGUGCAAACGCAGCAGCAACAGCUGCAGCAAUUGCAGCGGCUGCAGCAGCAACAGCAGCAUCUGCAGCAACAGCAACCACUGGACCCACUGCAUUAGUUGCAGCCGUAGCUGCAGAACUUUCCGCUGAAGCUUCACUAAAGGCAGCUUUAGCCUCUUCAGCAGCAAUAAACGGAACGCUAUCUGCAACAAAGGCAGCAGAAGCAGCCAGAAACGCAACAGAAGCAGCCAAAGUAGCAUUAACUGCAGCAUACCAAACACUUCAGCAAACUCUGAAUGCAACACCAGGAGUAGAAAAACAAUUUGCAGAGGCUGAAGCAAAUGCAAAAGAUGCAGCUAAUAAAGCAGCAGCAGCAGCAGAAAUGGCUGCAACUGCCAUGACAGCAGCAGAGGCAGAAGCAGCUACGGCAAAUGCAACAGCAGCAGCCGCAGAUGCAGCAACAGCUUUAGCAGCGCUCCGUGCAGCAUUGGCAACAGCUACAAGCUCAGCACCCGGACAAAACACAGUAGUAAAGCAACAAUCGGCUGUAGCAGAAGAAAAAGCAGCAGAAGCAGUAGCAGCUGCUGCAAACACAACAUCUAAUAAAACCGCAGGCGAGAAGGCGACAGGAGCAGCAGAGUCUGCUCAGGAAGCGGCCAAAGCAGCUGUGGCAGCUGCAGCAGCUGCCGUUUCUGCAAUAAGAAAUCCAGAUAAUACAACAACUGUAGCAAAGCCAACACCAUCAGGACCACCAGCAGCAGCGGUUAUAGCGAGUGCAAACGCAGCAGCAACAGCUGCAGCAAUUGCAGCGGCUGCAGCAGCAACAGCAGCAUCUGCAGCAACAGCAACCACUGGACCCACUGCAUUAGUUGCAGCCGUAGCUGCAGAACUUUCCGCUGAAGCUUCACUAAAGGCAGCAUUAGCCUCUUCAGCAGCAAUAAACGGAACGCUAUCUGCAACAAAGGCAGCAGAAGCAGCCAGAAACGCAACAGAAGCAGCCAAAGUAGCAUUAACUGCAGCAUACCAAACACUUCAGCAAACUCUGAAUGCAACACCAGGAGUAGAAAAACAAUUUGCAGAGGCUGAAGCAAAUGCAAAAGAUGCAGCUAAUAAAGCAGCAGCAGCAGCAGAAAUGGCUGCAACUGCCAUGACAGCAGCAGAGGCAGAAGCAGCUACGGCAAAUGCAACAGCAGCAGCCGCAGAUGCAGCAACAGCUUUAGCAGCGCUCCGUGCAGCAUUGGCAACAGCUACAAGCUCAGCACCCGGACAAAACACAGUAGUAAAGCAACAAUCGGCUGUAGCAGAAGAAAAAGCAGCAGAAGCAGUAGCAGCUGCUGCAAACACAACAUCUAAUAAAACCGCAGGCGAGAAGGCGACAGGAGCAGCAGAGUCUGCUCAGGAAGCGGCCAAAGCAGCUGUGGCAGCUGCAGCAGCUGCCGUUUCUGCAAUAAGAAAUCCAGAUAAUACAACAACUGUAGCAAAGCCAACACCAUCAGGACCACCAGCAGCAGCGGUUAUAGCGAGUGCAAACGCAGCAGCAACAGCUGCAGCAAUUGCAGCGGCUGCAGCAGCAACAGCAGCAUCUGCAGCAACAGCAACCACUGGACCCACUGCAUUAGUUGCAGCCGUAGCUGCAGAACUUUCCGCUGAAGCUUCACUAAAGGCAGCUUUAGCCUCUUCAGCAGCAAUAAACGGAACGCUAUCUGCAACAAAGGCAGCAGAAGCAGCCAGAAACGCAACAGAAGCAGCCAAAGUAGCAUUAACUGCAGCAUACCAAACACUUCAGCAAACUCUGAAUGCAACACCAGGAGUAGAAAAACAAUUUGCAGAGGCUGAAGCAAAUGCAAAAGAUGCAGCUAAUAAAGCAGCAGCAGCAGCAGAAAUGGCUGCAACUGCCAUGACAGCAGCAGAGGCAGAAGCAGCUACGGCAAAUGCAACAGCAGCAGCCGCAGAUGCAGCAACAGCUUUAGCAGCGCUCCGUGCAGCAUUGGCAACAGCUACAAGCUCAGCACCCGGACAAAACACAGUAGUAAAGCAACAAUCGGCUGUAGCAGAAGAAAAAGCAGCAGAAGCAGUAGCAGCUGCUGCAAACACAACAUCUAAUAAAACCGCAGGCGAGAAGGCGACAGGAGCAGCAGAGUCUGCUCAGGAAGCGGCCAAAGCAGCUGUGGCAGCUGCAGCAGCUGCCGUUUCUGCAAUAAGAAAUCCAGAUAGUACAACAACUGUAGCAAAGCCAACACCAUCAGGACCACCAGCAGCAGCGGUUAUAGCGAGUGCAAACGCAGCAGCAACAGCUGCAGCAAUUGCAGCGGCUGCAGCAGCAACAGCAGCAUCUGCAGCAACAGCAACCACUGGACCCACUGCAUUAGUUGCAGCCGUAGCUGCAGAACUUUCCGCUGAAGCUUCACUAAAGGCAGCAUUAGCCUCUUCAGCAGCAAUAAACGGAACGCUAUCUGCAACAAAGGCAGCAGAAGCAGCCAGAAACGCAACAGAAGCAGCCAAAGUAGCAUUAACUGCAGCAUACCAAACACUUCAGCAAACUCUGAAUGCAACACCAGGAGUAGAAAAACAAUUUGCAGAGGCUGAAGCAAAUGCAAAAGAUGCAGCUAAUAAAGCAGCAGCAGCAGCAGAAAUGGCUGCAACUGCCAUGACAGCAGCAGAGGCAGAAGCAGCUACGGCAAAUGCAACAGCAGCAGCCGCAGAUGCAGCAACAGCUUUAGCAGCGCUCCGUGCAGCAUUGGCAACAGCUACAAGCUCAGCACCCGGACAAAACACAGUAGUAAAGCAACAAUCGGCUGUAGCAGAAGAAAAAGCAGCAGAAGCAGUAGCAGCUGCUGCAAACACAACAUCUAAUAAAACCGCAGGCGAGAAGGCGACAGGAGCAGCAGAGUCUGCUCAGGAAGCGGCCAAAGCAGCUGUGGCAGCUGCAGCAGCUGCCGUUUCUGCAAUAAGAAAUCCAGAUAAUACAACAACUGUAGCAAAGCCAACACCAUCAGGACCACCAGCAGCAGCGGUUAUAGCGAGUGCAAACGCAGCAGCAACAGCUGCAGCAAUUGCAGCGGCUGCAGCAGCAACAGCAGCAUCUGCAGCAACAGCAACCACUGGACCCACUGCAUUAGUUGCAGCAGUAGCUGCAAAACUUUCCGCUGAAGCUUCACUAAAGGCAGCAUUAGCCUCUUCAGCAGCAAUAAACGGAACGCUAUCUGCAACAAAGGCAGCAGAAGCAGCCAGAAACGCAACAGAAGCAGCCAAAGUAGCAUUAACUGCAGCAUACCAAACACUUCAGCAAACUCUGAAUGCAACACCAGGAGUAGAAAAACAAUUUGCAGAGGCUGAAGCAAAUGCAAAAGAUGCAGCUAAUAAAGCAGCAGCAGCAGCAGAAAUGGCUGCAACUGCCAUGACAGCAGCAGAGGCAGAAGCAGCUACGGCAAAUGCAACAGCAGCAGCUGCAGAUGCAGCAACAGCUUUAGCAGCGCUCCGUGCAGCAUUGGCAACAGCUACAAGCUCAGCACCCGGACAAAACACAGUAGUAAAGCAACAAUCGGCUGUAGCAGAAGAAAAAGCAGAAGAAGCAGUAGCAGCUGCUGCUAACACAGCCUCUAAUAAAACCGCAGGCGAGAAGGCGACAGGAGCAGCAAAGUCAGCUCAGGAAGCGGCCAAAGCAGCUGUGGCAGCUGCAGCAGUUGCCUUUUCUGCAAUAACAAAUCCAGAUCCUACAACAACAGCAACAGCAUCAGCAUUGCUGUCUGCAGUAUCAGCGGCAGCUUCUUUAGCUGGGGCUGCAGCAGGAGCCGCUUCAACUGCUGCUGGAGCAACAUCAUCCCCAGCAGCACAACAUGCAGUGAGUGUUGCAUCGGAUGCAGCCAAAGCUGCUGCAGGACAACUCAGUCUGGAAUUUCUAGUUUUGGCUGCAAAAAAUGCUGCUAACGCUUCCAGAGAAGCAGCGAACGCAGCAGCAGAAGUAGCUAGAAGAGCACCAGCAUUGAAAGCGGAUGUCCUGGGAGGACUUGCAAAUGCAUCAUUGAUGGCAGCAGAGGCUGCUGAAGAAGCAGCUGCAGCAGUGACAAUGCUAGCCUCAGGUAGUCCAACAGCAAUUGCACAAGCUGCACAAGCUACAAAAACAGUUGCUGAAAAAUCUUCCAAAGCAGCACAAAUAUUGAAAACAAUAUUAAUACCCAUCACAGGGUCAUUAGCAGUCUCAAUAUCAGCAACCUUAGCAACAGCAGAAAUAGCACAAGCAACAGCUUCAAUAGCAUCAUUAGUAACAAGACCAGGCGUCACAGGGGACAUCUCUGCACUAAUUAUGGCAGCAUCAAAAUCUGCACAAUCAGCAGCAAGUGCUGCACAAGUUGCACUCCCACGUAAAGACAUCACUUCAAUCCCAUCUCAAGAACAACCAACAGGAGUACCAUCCAUUACUACAACGGCAGCAGCUGGAUUAACAAAUUCAGCCAACCCAGAGGCCGCCGCAGCGAGAUUGGCUAGAGUAAAGAAGGCAGCGGUGGUAAGCUCAACAGCAGCUGCUGCGGCAUCGGCAGCAACGGCAGCAGCAGCAGCAGCAGCUGCCGGACCACGAGCCGCAGCCGCAGCAGAGAGGGCAGCAAACGCUUCAAAAGCAGCAGCCGAGGCCGCUUCUUUGCUCGCAAAGGGGCAGAUAUCAGCGGGGGAGGCAGCAGCUAAAGCAACAACCGCCGCUGAUGCGGCCCGCGCAGCGUCGCUGGCAGCCAUACAAGCAGCAGCACUAACUCAGCCAGAGUCAGCGGGACUACGAGCGGCACAAGUAGCAGCAGCAGCAGUAAAAGCAGCGGCAGCUGCCAACACAGCUGCACAGGCAGCCACACGUGCUACAAAUUCCAAUUCUCUGGACGAGAUUCAUUCCGUGUCGCUGAACGCCGCCAAAGAAGUGUCCACAAAAGCAGCCGAGGUGGAGAUGGACCUGCAGCAGCUGCUUUCGGACAGCGGCACUACAGCCGUAGAGCGCGCGGCCAUAGCGGACGCACGGGCAGUGGCAGGGAUGGCAUCAGCAACCGGGAACACGGCGCAACAGGUCCUGAGCUUGUCAUUGGAGCCACAGAGCGCCACCUCCGACAAUCUGACCUCAACGGCCGUGCAGAUGGCGGUGGCCACGGCAGACUUAGCAGCGUCCAGAGCAGUCUUGGCGGCAUCCACUGCUGUGAAUGCAGCAGGAGCAGCAGGAAACGGGGCCGGUGCAGCAGCAACCACCAUCACAACAACAACAACAACGGCAGCAGCUGGAUUAACAAAUUCAGCCAACCCAGAGGCCGCCGCAGCGAGAUUGGCUAGAGUAAAGAAGGCAGCGGUGGUAAGCUCAACAGCAGCUGCUGCGGCAUCGGCAGCAACGGCAGCAGCAGCAGCAGCAGCUGCCGGACCACGAGCCGCAGCCGCAGCAGAGAGGGCAGCAAACGCUUCAAAAGCAGCAGCCGAGGCCGCUUCUUUGCUCGCAAAGGGGCAGAUAUCAGCGGGGGAGGCAGCAGCUAAAGCAACAACCGCCGCUGAUGCGGCCCGCGCAGCGUCGCUGGCAGCCAUACAAGCAGCAGCACUAACUCAGCCAGAGUCAGCGGGACUACGAGCGGCACAAGUAGCAGCAGCAGCAGUAAAAGCAGCGGCAGCUGCCAACACAGCUGCACAGGCAGCCACACGUGCUACAAAUUCCAAUUCUCUGGACGAGAUUCAUUCCGUGUCGCUGAACGCCGCCAAAGAAGUGUCCACAAAAGCAGCCGAGGUGGAGAUGGACCUGCAGCAGCUGCUUUCGGACAGCGGCACUACAGCCGUAGAGCGCGCGGCCAUAGCGGACGCACGGGCAGUGGCAGGGAUGGCAUCAGCAACCGGGAACACGGCGCAACAGGUCCUGAGCUUGUCAUUGGAGCCACAGAGCGCCACCUCCGACAAUCUGACCUCAACGGCCGUGCAGAUGGCGGUGGCCACGGCAGACUUAGCAGCGUCCAGAGCAGUCUUGGCGGCAUCCACUGCUGUGAAUGCAGCAGGAGCAGCAGGAAACGGGGCCGGUGCAGCAGCAACCACCAUCACAACAACAACAACAACGACAGCAGCGGCGAUCAGCAACAGAUUCAGCCUUCUUUCCGUCACGGUGGCUGUCAUGGCCGCCGUCCUUCUAUAGGCAGUGACGAGAUCCAGAUAUAAGGACUCUUAGUUUAUUAGUUUCUACUUAAAUGUAUCACUCUCUAGCUAUCCCAUUAAUCACGUGUACGUUCAAAUUAUGACUUUUCAAUCAUUCGAUCCUCAAAGAAAGUAAAUCAGAUAAUUUGCCUGCAAGGAAGGUUAAAGAAAGGAGAGGGAAGAGUUAUUUAUUGUUGUAUUUAUUGUGUGCAUGUUGAGUUGAUUGUACUUCAAACUACAGCAGAAAACGAUCUAGAGACACUACGGUCACAGUAUUGUACUUCUGACGCGCAUAUGUGUGUUUGUUUGUGCUAAAGAAAUCACAAUCAUAUUAUCAUUUAAUGGUGUUCUCAUUAUUGAAGUACAUUAUUGUACAACAUGAUGUAAAUAGUUUAUUCUUUAUGUUUUUUGUGAUUGUUGGUUAAUUACUAAACCUAAUUUAUAAAAGAAUAUGUUCCCUUCUCAAUAAAGAAACAUCUAUAACAUGGUAAA